AUGCCUCCUCGUAAAGCUCCUCAAGCCACUGGACGAAAAUCCAUGUCACAGAAUACGAUCAAACGCAAAGCACCAGAAUCAAGUUCUGACUCAGAUUUCGAUUCAGACUCGCCCAGUGUAAGGAGCAGCGAUGGCGAGGCAGACGUAGCUCGCCGCACAGCAGCAGGCCCUUCAAGUGUCCGAGUUGUAAAGACUCGCAGAAACAAAAAACAAAAAGUGGAAGAGCCGCCGCUGUCUGAAAGUGAAUACAUUGAGAUCGAUUACAUCGACCAAAUGAAAACCAGGUUUGCGCCGAAGAAUGGGUUAGCAGGAGAUUUACCGCCUCUUCACGACCUGGAUGAGAUAUUCCAGCAAAUCACUUUGCAUGCUGUUGGGCAAAAACUCGGAGAUGUCAUCGACUCCCUUGAUGGACGCAAGCUUCGUGUAGCUACCAUGUGCUCAGGCACGGAAAGUCCGAUAUUAGCUCUCGAAAUGGUCAUUUCUCAAUUUAAACGACUUGGAGUUAUUUCAUUUCAGUUCAAACAUCUGUUUAGCGCCGAGAUUGUCGAGUUCAAGCAAGCUUUCAUCGAGAGAAACUUCCAUCCUCCCAUUCUCUUCAAAGAUGUAAAAGAGCUGCACCAGAAAGAAGCUCACACCGCUUAUGGUGCGAAACGUGAGGUACCAACAAAACCCGACCUUCUUGUUGCCGGCUUCUCCUGCGUGGAUUAUUCGAAUUUGAACAACUGGCGCAAAACAUUCGGUCAACGAGGUGAAUCUGAUGACACUCUCCGGGCUGUCUUAGCAUACUGCGAGGUCCACAAGCCUAGGAUAGCAGUCCUCGAGAACCUCAGCAACGCACCGUGGAGUCAGAUCGGACCGGCUUUUGAAAAGAUCGGAUACCACUUCCGCAGCAUGAAAGUAGAUACCAAGGAUUUUUACCUGCCACAGACACGAGAAAGAUGCUACGCGCUUUGCAUUCAAAAAGCUCUAGCACCCGAUGGCGCCAAGUUGCUUGAGGAAUGGACUUCUGUUUUCAAAAGUUUCAAGCGUCGAGCAAGUUCCCCCUUCACCGAGUUCAUCGAUGCUGAUGACGAUGUGAUAGAGAAACGAAAGACCGAGCGGGUUUCUCGAGUUGAACCCAAAUCGACAACAAACUGGUCUCUCUACACCAUCAGACACGCAGACGUGCGCAGAGAGACCACUUUUGGAAACGGAAGGCCCCUCACGCACUGGCAAGAGGGCGGAAAAUGCCGGCCGGCCACAUGGAUGGAUCGACCAUGGUUCUUUUCUCAAGUGGAACGAGUUUGGGAUACAAUUGAUGUCAACCACUUGCGUACCUUGGCAAUACAUGGCUUUGAUAACAGUUUCAAGGUCCGUUGCAUCGACAUUUCUCAAGGUGUUGAUCGUGACACCGACAAUAGACCGAUGGGAAUCAUCGGAUGCAUCACGCCUUGCGGAAUGUUAUAUGCCACAGCUCGAGGCAGCCAAAUCCAAGGUCGCGAGCUCUUGAUCUUGCAGGGAAUGCCACUCAGCCGUUUAUCUCUGACUCGAGAGACACAAUCUCAGAUGCAAGACCUAGCUGGCAACGCAAUGAGUACCCCCGUGAUUGCAUCUGCCAUUUUGUCUGCGAUCAUAGUGUCACGUUCGAUUCUCGUGCCUAAGCCCGAUGCAUCCACUCUUGUUAUUGAACAAGGCAAUGACAGCUCGCCAGAUCCCUCGCUUAUGAACACAUACCUCGUGGCCGAUCGAAGUUUCAAUACGUCGAUCAGACUCGAGAGGAACUUUAUCUCAAAGCUCAAAGCGCUUGCCGGGCUAGCUGCUAGCCUUUGCAGUUGCGAGGGGUCGGACGGAGUGGCACGAUACGGGCUCUAUCAGUGUCAAGACUGCAAGGUUACAGCCUGUGCAGUAUGCGUUGCUAAUCCAAUUCACAACUAUCAGGCUAUUCCUGUGUCUCAACUCAUGCUUCGAAUGAAGCCAAAGACAAUUCGUGACUUGCUCUUAUGGAUGUUACCAGCCAUGAUAAAGCCUCCAGAGUUACCAACGACCAUGUAUGAGGCGAUGUCGAAAGAGUAUAUGGCGAAUGAUGAAAAGAGUAGACUUGUAUGGAAUCAAUUUCGCGAGGCCGUCACUCGUGCCUGUGGUGAUAGUUGCUUUUUCCAGUCGAUCAAAAGGUCUCAAGUGUGGAAAGUUCUAUACGAAGGCUGUAAUUCGAUUCUCCAUGUGACGAUUGAUUACCAAGGUUUCCAUUGGUGCCUGUACGCGAAACCGCCAUCCAAAGAGCCCUCCAGAAGUUACAUCAGAGAGGUUCUGCGUCACCCAAUUGCAAAAAUGGACAAUUUCUAUGACCGUGGCUCUAUCCUGGCUGGAGAUUGGCGGAUCUGUACCCCUUUAUCACGCAAGGAGAAAACAAUCACAAUCCGAGGUUCUGGGAAAUUGUCACCUUCGUACGAAGACGUGUGUGGCCUCCCCGGAGAAGGGCCGCACCGAAAAGUGUGGAGUCAUAUUAUCGUUGAAUGCGAGGAUGAAGUCGUGCAGGAUCUGGCAAUGGAUAUUCGUGGCCAGUACGAGCGUAUACCCAACUGCGGCGGAGCGUCACAGUCACUUCAUCGACGAGUCAAUAGCACGGACAACCAGCAACCUCUUUAUUUCUUCUUAGAUCCGCGUCGAUUGGGACCCUCACAACUUGAUUCGUGGGUGUUUUCUCCGAGCCCACAGAGAAAAGCAGAUGACUUGGAGCGAGAUGUCGUUUUGAAACUGGACAAUAAAUGGGAGUAUCAACAACUCCUGUCCUCUGAUUCGUGUUCCGUCCGUGGUUCUCAUAGGCGUUGGGUGAAUGCUGGUUAUAUGAGUUUGACCAACACCAGCGAUGAAGUUAAAGUUCGUAGUAGGAUUCUCCAUGCAAGAGUGGUACUUGAUAUCCAAUCUUCGAAUUGUUACGAUUGCUAUCUUCCCCUGGUCGCCGUAUCCGCAAAUAUUUUCCCAGAAUCUCGUGUACCGUGGAAGCGAUGUCGAAACUGGGAAGUAGUAGACAUUAACAACUUUGACGAGAUGCAAAAAUUCUCUUGGAUAUGGUCACGAUUCAUAGCCUGGUCGCCACGUACGAGUUGGGAAACAGUGAGAAACGCCAGGAUGGAGAUGUGUCAGCGCUGUUCUCCUAAAAAGCCCAGAAUGGCUUGGACAGUCAUCCGAGGAAGAGAGCGUCCUGUUGAGGAUCCUGUUGAUGGAGCCAGGUGCGAGCGUGACUACAAACUCAGGCCCUGGCCAUUCCGCCUCUUCUCAAAAAUUCAGCCUCAAAGCAACUCUAAUCCUAGUGAGACUGGCCAUAUGUGCAUUGGAUUGAACAUCAAAACUUUGUUGCAUCGAGCAUGCCGGAUAAUUGCCCACCGGCAUAACGGCAGCACGUGGAUCGAGUUCUUUUGGCGUAUGACGGACAACGAUGACUCGGAUUUAACACGACCAGGAAGCUUUCGAGUGUUGAACAACCAAGACGGCCGAAGAGCGGAGCAUCCUCCAAAUUUCAAAGUUCAGCUGAGAGAGGAUCAGUUGCGUUCCCUUCACUGGGCAUUGUGUCGUGAAUCUGAUACCAUGCCUCCAUUUCCCGAAGAAGAAGUAGAGGAAGCAAUUUUGAAACCUCUUAACUGGAGAGCGGAGGCGAAGGUCAUUGUAUAUCGCAGAACGAGAGGCGGAAUUCUGGCGGACCAAGUCGGAUUCGGCAAAACUGCUGUGAUCUUAGGGUUGAUAGACAUCCGGCACCGAGGAGAUGUGAUUGAGGCAAAGCAACCAUGCGAGAAUGCUAUUCCACUCAAAGCUACUUGUAUCGUAAUCCCCGACAUCCUUUUCGACCAGUGGCAAAGUGAAAUUGAGCGAUUCCUUGGGAAGGAUCAUUACACCGUCCUGUGUAUUGGAAAUAUCCAGACACUAUCGUCCACUCCAAUAAAGCAAUUCCAGCGGGCUGAUAUCGUGCUUGUUUCAUGGUCGGCAUUUUCAGGGGCACCUUAUUUUAAAAAGCUGGAGGAUAUUUCCGGUGGACCACCCCCGCCCAAAGCGAACAAUGUGCGAAUGUUCGAAGCCUGGUUCGAAGAUGUUUCUGGGUCAAUCGAGUCACAAGUGAAGACUUUACAGGCUGAGGGCUCAGAAGCCUACUUGGAAGCGAUCAAAAAGAAGCAAGACUUGGUCUGGGGUACGGACGCUUAUAAUCGCUACUUGCCAUCGAGAAGAUUGAGAGGAAAAGCCGCAGAAAAAGCUGAGAGUGGCCCUUCUGUCACUCUUCCAGGUCAGCCUAGAAAGGGAAAGAAAACAGACACCGGCAAAUCAUCACCGGACCGGAUGCACGAGUUGCGCAAGAAAUUUGGUAUUUCAAAGAAUAGCAACACGUCAAUGGGCGAUGUCGAGGGAACUGUUUUUCAUAUGUACCGGUUUCAGAGGCUUGUCAUAGACGAAUUCACGUAUCUGAACCCAGACCGACAUGCCUUGUUGGCAACCCUCAAAGCACGCUCACGGUGGAUUUUGUCCGGAACGCCUCCUAUCAAAGGCUUUGCAGCAGCAGAACGUAUGGCCCGAUUGAUAAAUGUAUUCAUCGGAAGGCCCGGUGAUGAAGAUUACGACAAGGCCAAGUAUAAACGUUCAGAGUCCGAAAAUUUUCAUUUUUUCACCGAGCCACCGAGCGAAGGGUGGCAUUUCCGCCGGAAUUGCCUCGCUCAACGUUUCAUUGAUGUGUUCAUGCGUCAGAAUACCCCGUGCAUACCUAGAAUCAAAUGGCGAACACAUUAUGAUGCGGUGACUCUGUCAGCUGUUGAAAGGAUUUUAUAUCUCGAGUUGAAGCUGUACUUUGAAUCGUACAACCCGCAGGCCAAGAUGGAAAAGAGGGAAAAGUAUGGCCAUGACCAGCGCGGAAGAGUUAGCGAGAUUGUGGAUACGUGCAACACCCCUGAAGAAUGCUUGGUAAAGAGGUCUUCGAUUUACGCCGCUCUGCCCGAAUGGAGCUCUGCUACUGCCGGUAUCACAACAGUAAAGCAGCUUGUUGAACAUAGAUUAGAGGUGGUUACCACUAUUGGCUCUGAAAUAGCAGCACAACUCAAAGCUGUCUCAUGGCUAUAUCACCAAAUUGGACAGACCGAUCCUCGUUUCGAUGCUCUGAUGUCAAGCAUCAACUCAAAUGACUAUGGUGAUAAUACCAUUUCAAAGACGGCUCGUCGACUGAUUGAUCACGCCCUUGAAUACUACCAGGAAGAUGACUGGAAACAUUUCUGGCUUCUCCCCGGCUCAAAACCGCCCAAGAAAGCAGCUCCGGCCAGCGAUGUGAGCGAAGAUGACACAAGUGACGAAGAAUAUAGCGAGGAUAGCGACCAUAAAGAGAGUACGAAUUCCGGGAAAAAUGUCAAGAAACGGCUAAAGUCACUUGCUAAGAGCGAAGGACUCAAACCACGACCAGAAGGGACAUCAGAUAGGGAGAAAGAGUUGCGGCAAUGGGCAAACAAGGCUCGAGUGAACAUUCUCGCCUUGGUUGAGCGUUUUCGGUCUUUGAGAUUUGCACGAGCUGCUUAUAAAUUUCAAAGCACAGACGCUACAGUGUCCUGCCAUGGAUGCGGCCGCAGGGCACAGGGACUCUCCUCUCAGAAAUACUGCGUACUGGGUAAAUGUGGACAUGUCGUUUGCCCAGGCUGCCUCACCAGUGUUCAAGAAAACAAGACAUGUGCUGCUGACCAGUGCCGUGCGGCAGUGGAUAGAGAAUAUGUGGUUCCAGGAGCCUAUUUUAGAAUGUGCCAGCCUGUCGAAACCCCUGUAUUUCCAGGCGGAAGUAAGCUCAAAGCUUUGAUCGAACUUUUGCAAGAUCGCACCAGAAUUCCUGAGACCGACCAAGUGAUACUUUUCAUCCAGUUCAAAGAUUUGGAGCCCCUGAUCACGUCUGCUCUUGAGACUCGAGGAAUAUCUUAUGUGUCUGUGGGUAUGUCUGGACGCAACGCGCGUAAUAAAAUCCGGGAAUUUUCAGCGAAGGAAAAGAGAGUGGCUAUUCUUCAGCUGGGAACAGAGAAUUCUGCAGGCUUAAACCUCCAAAACGCGAACCACGUCAUCUUCUUUGGCACAUUCGCUGCGACCAAUAUGUACGAAUAUCAGAGCGCAAUGACCCAAUCGAGUGGCCGCGUGAUUCGCUUCGGACAGAAGAAAGAAGUUCACAUAUGGAAUCUGCUCGCUUUGAACACGAUGGAAGUCGGAAUUCUUCAGAUACAAGACGGACGAACUCUUGUCAGGCAUGCCAAUGGCGAAUAUGAGCUCAUCUCGGACGACCAGCUCCAGAGGGAUGAUACGAGAGGUUUUGAAGUUCCUACUUUUGAUUGGAAGUAG